CAAAAUGCACCGAAUUCCACAGAAAAGUGCCCUGACUUCGCUAUUCGAAUAAUGUGCGUUUGUCCGCCAACGACAUCAACAUCGAGUUCAACGUUACACACUUCUUUAGGAACCGGCGGCCGAUCAGUGACAGAAAUUGGUACUAACGGAAGCGGUACCGGGGUAGGAUCAGUGACGAGUACUGGUGGAAGCGGUACCGGUGGGUCAGUGACGGAAAUUGGUACUGGCGGAAGAGGUACCGGCGGAAGAUUAGUUACGGAAUCUGGUACUAGUGGAAGCGGUACCGGCGGGAGAUUAGUGACGGGAACUGGUUCGAGCGGAAGUAGUAACGGUGGUGGAUCAGUUACAGGAAGUGGUACUGAUGGAAGUAGUACCGUGACCGGGCGUGUAUUAAGGACUGGAAGCGAUGCUGGAGAAAGUGGUUGUGAAUCCUUCAGUGGAUCAGGGACGGGGAGUAGUUCUGGAAGGGGAGAAAGUGUUAAUGCUUCGGGGAUAGGCGGAAAUACUUCUGGUACUGGUCGUAAAUCUGGAGCCGAUAAUCGAGAAAAUCACAAAUGUUUAUCCGGAUCGUCGUCCGUUGACGGGAACCUCUCAUUAGGCGGCAUCAGCCUGCAGUGGUGGCUCAUACCAUUGGUUGUGUUCUUGAUGAUUUUUGUCGUCAAUGUGAUACUGGUCCUUUGUGUGUACAUUAAGCUGAAACGGCAAAUUAGAAACAACCAAGUUAGACCUAUAUUACGAUUGUUUUAAUGGAAACUUGUAAUUAUUAUUCAUUCCAUUUG